AUGAAGCGACAACGAUCCACAGAGGAGUACAAAAUAUCACCAUUUGGCAAAGAGGCCAUCUUCGAAACCAAACAAGAUGGCAAUCCAACCUUUGCCCGAGGUGCAUUUGGAGAGCUUUCCCUUGCAAUCUUUCGAGGAGACGAAGACCAGUUUCGUUUCGUUGCCAUCAAGACACUUAGAGCGGCUCUAGUGCCAUCCGCUGAGGGCCAAUUGCAGCUUUCCGAGAAUGUCGUGAACGAAGUAUCUGCUCUCAGACGCUUGCCGCGACAUGAGAACAUUGUUAGUUUGCUUGCAUUAUAUUCGGAUGCUGCCAAGCAUGGCAAGAAAAGUUUGUCAUUGGCAUUUCCAUACUAUCCUUGUGACUUGCAUACAUCACUGGAAUGGAGACGGCGAUCCUUCCUUCCACUCCUUCCUUUGGCCAUUGUCAAGCUGAUUGCCAAAGAUAUCUUCUCGGCAUUGCAACACUGUCACCAGUCGGGAAUUUUGCAUCGCGAUUUGAAGCCUGGGAAUCUUUUGGUAUGUUCCAAUGGCGUGGUGAAGCUAUGUGAUUUUGGAAUUGCAAAGCAGGUGGCGACCGAUGAUAACCAGCCUCCUAUAGAACCGACUGAGGGGCAAACAGGGACCAAAGGGCUGUGUACACUGUAUUACAGACCGCCAGAGCUGCUGCUCGGAGGGAGUGCAAAUCAUGCUGGGGUUGACAUGUACAGUGCCGGGGUAGUAGUUGCUGAGAUGGUGACAGGAGGGGCGAUAUUUCGGGGCCAAAAUACCAUUGAUCAGCUCUCUGUCAUAUUUGAUUUUCUAGGAACACCUACCAAAGACAGCUGGCCUUCUUGUGAGUCUCUUCCGGACUUUGGAAAGCUGGCAUUCAAGUCAAAGGAACCGAAGCAGUGGGAAUCAAAAUUCCCACGAGUGACAGAAGACAACGAUCUUCACAUUCUACUCAAAAGCUUGGUUUUGCUGAAUCCAUCAAAGAGACUGAGCGCGAGGGACGUUGUACAGCAUCCAUGGUUUGCCAACCUUGUAUCAGAGGACGCAACGAGACGCAAUCUUCGAGUCGAUUUGAUUCCUCCUGAACUCCGCGAGCCAAUUCUCAUUGACCCUCGUGACCAAGCAUCAAUCUCCAAAGUUGGAGCGAAGCUUGCGAGUCGACGGAGAGCGUUUCUGACUUCUCGAUCUGUAUCGCAAUGGGAAAGCACUGACACAAAAACCAAUCAAAUACUGGCUGCUUUAUCUGCCUACAAGAAUAGCAACGAGUUGACGACAACUUGGUAG